AUGGAGGUGGGAGACAGGGGGCACGGCGCCAACGCGGAGAGGAAGGAUUCGGAAGGCGAGCUGCUAAAGAUCUCACGGAGCACGCGGAUCUCGCUCCCGUCUCGCAGCGUCUGUCACCGUCAAUUAGUGAGCGAGCGCGAGGCGGAGAUGUCCCGGAGCAGUGCGCGCCUCCCUCCUGCGCCUCCCUCCUGCGGCUCGCUCCUGCGCCUCCCUCCUGUGCCUCCCUCCUGCUCCUCGCUCCUGCGCCUCCCUCCUGCGGCUCGCUCCUGCGCCUCCCUCCUGCGCCUCCCUCCUGCGCCUCCCUCCUGCGCCUCGCUCCUGCGCCUCCCUCUUGCGCCUCCCUCCUGCGCCUCCUGCUCCUCUCCCCCUCACAGGCUCCUCUCCUGA